GUGGCUUUAAAGUGACCGGCUUCAUGUGACAGCUCUUUGUUUACAGCGUUUUUAUACAGCCAAAGUUCAGCCCAACUUCCGGGAUCCGGUAUGAAUGAGAUGAAUGUGACAGGUGUAAAUGCGUACUGAAUCUGCUUAUUAAAAUCAUCGCGCACUGGUGAAUGCAUUAUAUAGAAAAGAUUCAAGAAACAUUUCAAGUUUGGAAAAGGACAGAAUAACCGUACAUGAUUUACCUGCAGAUAAGACGAGAUCUUCUUUUAAAAAGCAAUGGAUUCAACAGAGGCUACCAAAGGGAAGGAGAGUGUUCAGAAAAUAUCUCCCCUGAAUCUCAUUAUGAACCAGCUCAGAAGGAAAGCCUCUUUCACAGAGAGAAAGAAACCAACAAUGGGCCGCCUCUUCCGCCCAUCAGAGAGCAAUGACAAAAGAAACAGCGGCAUACCUGAAAUGAAGGAAUCAGAGGCCAGUGAAGGAAAAGAAAAUAAUGACCCUGGGAAAGAGAUCAGUAACACGGAUGAUGAGACCGGCUCUGUUGUGGGCUGGGGUCGGGUGAAGCAAUUCGUUCAGAAGCUUGGGAAAACCCCCCACAGUCAGAAUUUGAGCCUGAGCCACUGCGAUCUGACAGCCACAGAUGUGGUGGAACUAGCCACCUUACUGCCAUUUCUGGCUCAGCUGGAGGUGAUGGACCUGUCCUGGAAUGAUCUGGUUGGAGGAUCCCUGAAGGCACUUACUGUCCACCUGCAGCAUGUAGGGAAGCUGAGAGUGCUGAAGCUGUGUAACUGCAGAUUAACAGCUCAAGACCUUACUGCUCUUGGUGAGGCUCUUGACUGCAUUCCUCUAAUAGAGGUGCUAGAUUUGUCCUGGAAUAUUGGCGUCGGUGCAGGAAAUUUCAGACACUUCACAGAACACCUCCAACCUACAAGCACACUGAAAGAACUCCGCCUGGUGGACUGUCAGCUCUCUGAGACAGACAUUACAGCUCUGAGUGAGGCUCUUCCCAUGUUGUCUAGUUUGGAGGAGUUAGAUCUGUCUAAUAACAAGCUGUCAAUCAAUGGAAUGGAGAACCUCACCUCCUCUUUAGGUUCGACUCCACGGCUGAAGACCCUAAAACUGAGCAUGUGUGGACUCAAUAAAGACAGUCUCAGUGUUCUGGGCCAGGCACUCCGGUUCAUCCCUGCACUAGAGCACUUCGACCUGUCGUGUAAUAAGGAAGCAGCUGGAGGUCUUGCCACACUAGCCGUUAACCUAGCUCUCCUCACACACUUGAGAAGUUUGGAUAUGCAUCUGUGCUGUCUAACAAAGGAGGAUGUGUUGGCAUUAGUCCAGGUAGCUCCAUCUCUCAAAGAGCUCAGAGAGCUGGAUUUGUCGUCCAAUAAAAGUGUUGGAGAUACACUCCAGAGUCUUCUGCAAACCCUCCCUCUUUCUCAGAUAACCAAACUUCCGCUAAACAACUGUGCUUUGAGCACACCUGAAUGCCAUGCUCUUGCUGCCGCAAUGCAGAAGCUACAACAGCUUGAAAGUCUGAACUUGUCGUGGAACAAGUGUGUGGGGGAAAAUCUGAGGCAAUUUCUGGAGCCUUUGCCGUCUGAUUGCAAACUACAGGAACUCAGACUGAGUAGCUGUAAUUUAACCACUGAAGAUUUGCUACAUCUAGAAUCUGCUUGUCAGCGUGGAGUUCUAUCCCAUCUGAAGCAGCUGGAUUUGUCCUACAAUAGCAGUGUCGGAGAUGGCGGUUGGACGUCUCUUUUUGGGAAGGCUGCUGGUCUAAAGGGACUGGAGGAGCUGGAUGUCAGUCUGCGUCCAUCCGCAUUUCUCUCCGUGUCCCCCUGGCUGCCCGCCUUGUUGGAGGCCCUUCCACAUCUCUCCUCCCUCACCCGUCUGUCUCUGCAGCAUUGGGCGCUGACUUCAGCUGAGAGGGAGAAGCUGGAAAAAGUUCUUAGCAAGAAAAACAUCAUCCUGGAAUGGAGACUGGCCACGCCCACAACCAAGGCAGCAGGUUAACGAGAAGUGUUUCAGUCGCUUAGAUAAUUAGGGUUUUCCAAGUAACUGAAGUUGCAAAUCAAGAUGUUACUGAGAAUAAGGUGUUGAUUGAAAGGCAUUCAACAAUUUUUAUUAUUUUUUUUUACCCAUUUUUCUUUUAUGUAUUUCUAGAUUAUUUAUAUCACAAAUGAUCAUAUUAAAAAAGAGGAUGUUUUAUCAUCAGUAAAUUAAAAUGUAACUCAUAACCAGAGUUAAAGGAAUAGUUCAAGUUUUUGGGGAAAUAUCCUUUAAGUAUUGAUUGUUUGCACUAUGUAUUUGAAAUGACAGUUUUAAUGAAGUAAUCAUUGAUAUAUUUAUUUGUGUCCUUUCUUAUUUACAUAAAAUAAAACAAAAAGAUUUAGACUGAACUUGCUAAAUCAACAAAA